AGUCGCCGUCCUUUAGAGGGCGCUAAUGAAGUUGGUCGGAGACCGAGCGCCCCGAUGAAGAAGAAAUCGGUUCCGGCGUAAGUGUGGGUCAAACUGAACUGAGCAGAGCAGAGGGGCAGAAAAAACUUGACGUCUUCAACAUGCUAUUACGAAGGGCAUUACACAUUGGAGGCUUGACCCUGAAAUGCAGCAGGUCCAUCCAUCAUAGUGCUGUUUGGAGGAGUCCUCUUAUACCCAUAGUUGUGGAGCAGACGGGGAGAGGAGAAAGAGCAUAUGACAUCUAUUCUCGCCUCCUGAGAGAGAGAAUCAUCUGUGUAAUGGGUCCUAUUGAUGACACUGUAGCCAGUCUGGUUAUCGCCCAGCUGCUCUUCCUACAGUCAGAAAGCAACAACAAACCCAUCCACAUGUACAUCAACAGUCCAGGUAAGACGAAGCUCUCUGAUGGUCUCUGGUACCCUCAUACCCUUUUGCCAUUGUCACACUUGGCCGCGCCGAGUAAAGCCAUGCCGCAGCGAUUUGUGUUUCCAUUGUCAAGAAAAUCCAGGCCACGGGAGCUGAAGAAAUCCCUCAGGAUAAAAGUUUUGUUUGCCAGUGAUCUGGCAUUUACCAGGCCAAUCCUGGCAGGAGCCGGGGCCUGUGUUUCGGCGGAUCGGGGAGCCCGGAGCAGUGUCUUCAGGUUCCGGAGAUUCACCGUGAUUCUGAGAGAGCCGGGGAGAGCAGGGGCGGCGGGGCCGGAAUCCCUCAACCAGACAGGUACCAGGCAGGCAUCGAUCGGGUCCAGGAAACGCCGGGGCACAGCGAAGGGAAGGGAUAAUCCAUGUUCUGACCGGGAAAUGGACAAAGAUCGUGCCAGGCAGACCUUCAGCUUCACCAGCCAACCGCCGCGUUUACCGCAGCGACGGAGACGCUUCCGCCAAGGAGGUAGAGCCGAGGCCCGCACCUGUGAGCAUCGACCCUGCUACAGUGGUCAGUUGGUGUCUGCUCCAAGAAUUGGCAUGCCACGUUUGACUGAUCUGGAUAGAGCCCGUGCAAUAGGGAACUUCAAGCUGGUGUUCCGCAAAGUGAGCCCUAGUAGCAUCUGCAACCUGAAGACCAAGUUCCAUAUAACGGGGGAUAUCAGAGACAGUCUGCGAAAUAGGCAUCCCAAGAAGACGGCAGCCCAAGAAGACCUCAUCCUAAUAGAGCUCUGCUCCCAAGUGGCCAAAAAAACUUCAACAACAAUGGCUCUAAUAGAGAUGCUGCUCAGUAGAUUCUAUGUAAAUGUGAUGUACAUUAGCCGGCUGCUACUCAUUUCUCUCUGCCCCUCCCGCCUUUUAGAGAGUGUGAUGGAAAGGGAUCGCUACAUGAGCCCCAUGGAGGCACAGGAUUUUGGUCUCAUCGAUCGGGUCCUGGUCCACCCGCCCCAGGCAGGCCAGGAUGAGCCUGAGCUGGUGCAGAAAGAGCCAGCAGCGCCAGCCAGUCCCUCUCCACAGCUGGAGUCUGCAGCCCCUGAGCAGGUCCACCCUAGGACAACCCCCCCCUCUUCAUACAAACCUGAGCCAUGAAUCACCACAGAGUUUGCAUUUCUCUUUCUACCCCCUGACCAACACAUGAGCAGACACAAUGUACAGUGAUCAGACAGUGUCUUCAUAUGAAGUGAAUCUUCCCUUUUUUAAUUACUUUUCAGGUGUUGAUUCCCGUGUUCUAUGAAAUCAAAGUCAAAGAACUAAUGGCUGAAAAGAUGUCAAGUCAUCUUUUUGACUUAACACACAAGUUGUGUGGACUAGUAUUUCAGCUGAGUUGUAUUUGCAGAAUGAAACCCCAGCAAGAUAAAAUUCUCUAUGGUAGACAAGGUUUUUCAGGGGAGGGGAAGCUGUUAAGACCAUGGAGCCAUUUUGUUCUGUUGCUGCAGAGACGUUCACUGAAGAGUGGAGAGGACCUGUCUGACCUGUAUUUGUUACUAAUAAAUGCAACGUUUUUGACCAUACGUACAA